AUGGCGUUCCGGCAAUCACUGAGCCUGGCCCAGGUCCAGCGCAACGCCCAGGGCGACAUCGUCGGCCGCUUCCUCGCCAAGGCGCCCGCAUACCGUCGCACCACGUACAUCUCCCCGCCAGUCCUCCCCGACCCGUCAGCUGCAGCUGCCUCUUCUUCCCCCUCCUCGUCGACGUCGACAUCAACAGCAACCGCGACGACAGCAUCUACCUCGGCCGAUCUGGAUCGCCCGACAGAGAGGAACCCGUUCAAGCCGUGGCGCUCGCCGACGGGCCGGUGGUCGCCCUCGGCCCUUUCGCAGCGUCGCCAGGCCGAGCUCGCCUCACUGGCGCUGCAGACGGGGCGGCUGCACAGGCUCCCCUCGGGACCCAAGACUGACCGGCUGCGCGCGCGGCUCGCCAAGCUCGAGGAACACCGCGAGCUCGAGCACAUCGCCAGCCAGGUGCGCUACGCACCGCCACCGGCCGCGGGCAAGGCCGACGCCCAGAGCGAACAGGACCUCGUCCUCGCCACGGCCAAGCUCGAGGGAUACAAGGGCCCCUACACCGGCAGAAAGGUCAGCAAGAUGUUCAAGGGCAGCAAGGUCGACCGUGACGCCAUCGUUCGCAGGCAGAACAUCAAGGACAAGCUGCAGAACAUGCAGACCACCGUCGAGGAGUGGCAGGCGACAAAGGCCGAGAACAAGGCCAAGUUCAAGCCCAGCCUGCCCUUCUAG